AUGGAAACCCACCUUGUGCCAUCAGAAAGCAUAGAAGAUGAUGAAGAAAAUCCAAUGAAAAAUCCAUUUAAAGUCCCAUCAGAUACUGAACUUUUCUCAGUGAGGGACAAGGAAAUUAAGAAGGCACAGGCGGAAUACGAAAAGAGGAAGACUAUGAAAGUCCAUGAAAAGACCACUUACUCCACUAAAAUGAAGGCAAAAAGCAGCCUGAGGAGAGCUUUGAAAAGGGAGGAAGAAGAGGAGGGCAGAAAAGAGGCGACAUGUGAAGAGAGACUGAAAGUUCUUCAGGAGAUGCUUUCACGGAAGUUAGCCAUGAAAAAAGAUUAUGCAUUAGACAGGGAGACCUUCCAUGGCUACCUACAGGACAGAAAGCAGAUCUUUUUUCUUGAGUAUGCCAUUGCAGUAAAGCGAGGGGAGAUUGAAAAGAUGGAGACCAUAGCAAAGAAUGAGGAAAAAAAACUGGAAAAGGCUGAGAGAAGGAUGGAGAAGGACACUGCCAUGUUUGAUGAGUUCCUGAAGGAGAACCACAAUAGCUCUGUUGAAGCACUGAGAAUAGCCAGAAGAGAAACCUCAGCAAAAGCAAAGAAAAUAUCAGAGAUCCAUGGAAUCAAUACCAAAAUAAAGAAAAUCCAAAGUGAUAUCUCCAGAUUUGAGGACACUCUUCAGGAGUACAAGAUGUACAGGGACAUCCUCUACCAGCUAUCUCCAAGACAGUGGCAGGAGGAGCACAGAAAAAGGCACAGAAAAGAAAAAGACACAAAACCAGAAUCUGGAGUUAAGGAAGGAAGUGCUUUGUGUCCCCCUGCUGCAGAGCAGGCCAGGACAAACACUGCUCAUAGCUUCAGUUUCAUGGAUAUACCAAGUUCCCUGAUGUUUUCAGAAAAUUUGGAUUUCGGGUCACGUGAUGUCAGCCCCCAGCUUAAACAAUUCCUGAAGCCUCUUUUAUCAAGAGAACUAAGUUCACUGGAGGAUGAAGAAAGUGAAAUCAGCUCGGAUGAAGAUGAGGAGCCUGAGCUCUAUUUUACUAAUCCUGAACAAUUGCUGAUUAUUUUCACGGAGAUGCUGGAUGAGAUCUUGUCCUUCAUCCUGAACUCCCAAGAUAUUGCAGAGAGUUGGAGCAAGGUCCAGCAGACUUUCAUCACCACACGUGACAGCAUGGAGAAGGAGUUGGCAGUGCUGAAAGAGCAGGUGAACACCCUCCAAGACUGUGUUGCCAAGGAAGAAGAGAAAGUAGCCGACCUGAAGCUCAAAGUUCAGCGCUUUUCCUCUGGAGAACACGAAGGCGAUGACCAGGACAAAAUGCUCACAAGCCUGAACAAGAAGGUGCUGGAAGUCUAUUCCAACUGCACUGGAGACAACGAGACAAACCUGCCAACAGUAGAGAUGUUAAAGGUAAUAGAAAAAAAGCUCAAUGAUUUACUGGACAGCGUGGAGAGAAUCCCACCUGCAAAGAUAGAAAAGGCUGUGAAAGCCAUAAGGAAGGAACAGAGGGCAAGGCUCAGAGGGAAAAAGCAGAAACAAGCAAAGCAGCAGCAGGAUGAAGGAUUGAAAAGGCACAUGGAAAGAUCUCAGGUACCUGAAGAAAAAAAGAACUACAAGACAAUGACCUUGCCUUCCAACCCACCUGCCAGGAAGGAGAACAGCCAAGGAAAUAAGUAA